AUGAACAGAGUAACAAAAAAACUUGCUCCAGGAAGAGUAUCAGUACCUAAUCUGAGAAUUCUGGGCCAACUCAACUUCAGUCUUGUUGACAUUAGCAAGUCUUGCUCACUUUGUGAGAAGUCCUUUAAAGAUCACUGGAAUCUUAAAAGACAUUUGCAAAGAUGUCAUAACAUAACGAAAACAGUUGCAGAUGAUAUGAGCAUAGUCCAGGAGACCAAAUAUCAAGAUAUACAGAUGAGCGACAGCCCAAAAAAUUCGCUUACACCAAGUGAAAGUGUGGAAGAGGAAUCAGACGUUGAUAAUGAAUACUACAACAGUAUCUUAAAUUAUGACAAGUGUGAAGAAAGUGAUGAUGGAAGUAGAGUUGACAAUAGUGAUUUUGAUGUUGAGGAAGACACAGAGCCAAACGCAGGCAUUUCUCUGUUUAAUCACAUCUUGAACAACAUGUCUGCUUUUGCCAAUAACAACGAAUCUUCAAUUGAUGAAGAGGAUGAAUUCCGGAGUGAAGUGUUUAACUCUACAAUCCACGAAGAAGCUAUUAGAAAAGAUAUUUCUUUCAAGUUGCCCUGGUUAGAUACACUCUGGAAUUACCAGACACAAAAAGAAUCGAAUAUCCUAAUUUUCAAAUCGAAAAUUUUAGAUGUUACUCUCUCUGACAGCACAAAAGUCACUGCAUUCCUUAACUUGCCUUCCAAGCACAUCAAACUCCUUGCUGCCGAUCCUAUAAAAAAAUAUUACAAGGUAAAGAUUGCACCUGUAAUUCUUUUCUUGGAUGAUACUUCUGGAAACACCUCUAAGCAAUUUAAUCCAUAUGAGAGCUGGUCAAUGAAAUGUGCAGCCCUCUCUUUUGAGGAAAGGUGCUCCAUAGAGAAUAUCUUAUUUAUAUCAGCAAUUCCAAAGAAGAAAGAUGCAAACGCUGUCGUGUUGUUACCUGAAAUUGUUGAUGAUUUGAAGAAGCUAGAAAACGGCAUGGUAAUGUUCUCUGCAGAAGAUAAUGCAUAUGUUCUUGUGGCAGAUACACCUUGUCACUCAGAGCUUUGUGGUUUAGGUGCACCCAACUCAACUUACCCUUGUAGAAAGUACUACAUUAAAUUGCAAAGUCAAAUCCCCAAGUUGAACAAAGUUGAAUACUAUACUAACAGGCAUCCAACAAGAACCAAGGAUCAUUAUAUCCAGGCCGCUUCUAUAUCAGACAGAGAUACAGUGAUCCCUGAUAUUCCUUACUUUGACAGCAAAAAUACAGCAGAAGAGUUAAGUCUUAAAAACAAGUCAACAGACAAACUGCUAGAACUUAAAGCAUAUGACCAGUCAAAAGACACUCCUGCUGAAAUAUUGCACUACAUUCUCCUUGGCAUUGCAAAGUAUCUUAUUACCAAUCUGGUUAAAGUUGUCUUGAACAAAAACAAAAAAGAACUAGAAGAACUGUUUGAUUAUGUUAAAGACUACACAAAUUCCAGAGACAUAUCAAGAGCGUUUACAAGGUCUCUCACUCAUGCUGGUUCAUUUCUUAGUAGAGACUUCAAGGUACUAAUCCAAAUACUUCCGGCAAUCCUGGCCAUAAAGUUUGCAGAUACAGAAGUAUUACAGGAAAUCACUCCCCUCUUUGUUCGUCUCGGCCGUCUAUGCUCUCUAGUAUUUGUUCGAUCUAUUGACAGUCAAUAUGAGACAUAUAUCAGUGAAGUAGACUCUGCCAUUAGAAGUCUAAUUGAAGCCCUACACAAAUACGACACUAACUAUAUAUGUCUCAAAUUUGGUAAACAAUAUAUGACAAGACAUAUUAUUGAUGGUGGUUCAUGGAUAGGCAAGAAUGGUUUAAGGGAAACCCGUGGAAAAGCUAUUGCAGAAUACAUGCAGCAAAACUCUGAUGGGAAAUUCCAUGAAACUUUGCUCGGUGGGUCCAGAGAAUUUGCAGACAACAAUGGUACAGGUUUGACCCCUGGAAGGAUAUUAAAAGACAAUACAUUUUCUCUAUUUAGACAAAGCAAUGGACAUAUCAUUAUUGGAAUAGUGCUUUUUUCUAAAGUAUACCAUUUGUAUAUCGAAUAUCUAUCCGCACAUGCUGUUAACAACAAUUAUCAUCUAGCACUCAAAUGUGCUGAUGAUAUAUACAUGCCACUAGAUGAAUUGAAGAUUGUUUGUCUAUUAGACAUGCAUCUGAAAGUUAGCUGUAAAUAUGUUGUUAACCUCAACAAAUUUGGUUCAUACUAG